ACAAAUUGCUGAUAAUAUCUUUACGGUACAACAUGUGAACUAAUAGAAAUUCCAUUAAAAAAAAUUAAAUUAAUAGAAAUUAAAAAAAGGGUGCAUGUGGUAUAUGCCACAACCAGUGAACAUGCCCCAAUUUUUUUGAAAUCAUAUAUGUAAAUCAUUAUUAAAAAUCUUUUCUAUUUUAUCCCCAAAAUUAAAACGCUUCCCCCAAAAACAACCACCAAAUUCGGCACUCGAUUUGAUAUAAAUCGUGACUGUAUAUAUGUAUAGAUGAAACUCAAUUUCAUCACUCGAUCGAUUCCUCCACUCGAUUAAUUCCGCCACUCGAUUUCAUCUCAAUUCUAGCUCGAAUCUGGUAAGUUGAUAAAUGGACAAAAGUUGGAUGAAAACUCAAAUAACAAGCAAAAAUUUUAAAGAUGGAGUCGAGUCUUUCAUCGAUUUUGCACGUGUCAAAGCUAUUAGAGGGUCUAUUGUAUGUCCUUGCAUGAGGUGUUGUAAUGAUAAAUGGUUAGAUGCGGAUAUUGUUCAUGUACAUAUAUUAAAAUAUGGAUUUUUACCGGGUUAUACAACAUGGACCUUUCAUGGGGAACAUUGUACACCACCAAUAUCACAGUCGACGAGUACUCAAGAAAUGUUUUCUGAUAGAGACAAUAUGGAACGUCUUAUUCGAGAUGCUCUCGGUGUAACUUCUCCAUCUUUGAAUACGGAAGAAUUAAGGAAUCCAGAGGUUCAAGGAAAUAUUGGUGAAACUAGUGGUGUUAACCCACACUCACAACAAUGUGAUAACAGUGGUGAAAUAGGUGUUAAUUCACACUCACAGCAAUGCGAUAAUAGUGUUGAAAAUAAUCGGUAUCAAAAGUUGUUAGAAGAAUCAGAGAAAGACCUAUAUCCAGGCUGCAAGUAUUCUAAUUUGUCUUUCACUUUACAUCUAUUUCAAAUCAAAUGCAUAGCUGGCAUAUCUAACAAGGGUUUAGGCAUGUUGUUAGAGCUUAUAAGUGAUGCAUUUCCUCAUUUGACAUCACUACCGUCAUCUGUUAAUGAAGCCAAGAAAUUGACUCAAGAUCUAGGGCUUGGUUACCAAAAAAUUGACGCAUGCCCUAAUGAUUGCAUGAUUUAUUGGGGUGAUCGGAAAGACCAACAGUCGUGUCAUCGUUGCAAGAUGUCUAGAUAUAAGAGUGAUUUAGGUGCUGAACAUGGUCAAAGUUCAAAAUCACCAAAGUCAAAUAAGCCAGCAAAAGUCUUUCGUUAUUUCCCUUUGAUUCCAUGAUUGAAAAGGCUCUACAUGAAUGAGAAAAUAGCAAAGGAAAUGAGGUGGCAUGACAUGGGGCGAACAAAAGACAGAAACUUAAGGCACCCAGCAGAUGGUGCUGCCUGGAAAGCCUUUGAUAUCCGAUAUCCCGAGUUUGCUUCAGACUCUCGCAGUGUGAAGUUUGGCCUUUCUAGUGAUGGAUUUAAUCCCUUUCGGGCGAUGAAUACAUCAUAUAGCACAUGGCCUGUAAUAUUGAUUCCAUAUAAUUUACCGCCUUGGGUAUGCAUGAAACAAGAGUCUUUCAUUCUUUCAGUGAUUAUUCCGGGGAUAAAAGGUCCAGGUUUUUGAUAUAGAUGUCUAUCUUAGACCUUUAAUUGAAGAAUUGAAACUGUUGUGGGAUGGUGUAGAUUCUUGCGAUGCUUUUUCCAAGCAACGGUUUGAAUUACGAGCUUCUCUUUUGUGGACUAUAAGUGAUUUUUCAGCUUAUGCAAA